CCCAAGUCUUGAUCAUAUCGCAUGGCUUAUGUGGUAUCCUCUCACCUAUUAGACUCAAACUCCAUAUUAGCUGCGUCAUCUCAUCCCGACUAUCGUCUACUACUAUCCUCUUUCUAAGCUCUUGAAGUGGAGACUCGAGCUACUACACCAUGGCUCCCAAUCAAUCGGAUCUCUCCAACCCUAAGUAUCUCUAUGAUUUUGUGGUCUCCACCACUCAAGAGAGCAUCAAUGCAAUAUCUUCAGAACACUAAAGGGAAACAGCCAUUCACGUACCUUUGUUUCUUAGCAGAUUCUACAGGCGCUCCAACGAUCAAGAAAUCUCUCGAGGAGAUUAUGCAACUGAGUGGAGGUGUCAAUCCUUUUGACAUCCCUAAUGGCGGCACUAAUUACACCGAUCCACGAAUCAAGACCCUGACUGAUGUUCGCCUUGUAUGCGCCAUCAGAAUGCAAAGCGGUAUUCCUCCUGGUUGCAUUGUCAUAAUUCCCAACAAGGGUCCACAGCUGCAUUUACCAGCGCCAAUUGUCACUCUAGGAAACAGUUCUGACAAUGUUAUCGUCAAUAUGUACUGCUCCGACAUUACCAUCAUCAAAAAUACUCCUCCCACACCAGAUGGAUCACCGCUUCGGUUGACGGCAUUGGAGCGGUGGGUUAGUCAUGUCGUCGAUCCUCUGUCUGGCGUCCAGAUCGCAAAUCCUUCUCCACUUCAGUUAUCUGCCACAACACUCAACUAUCUCUGCGCUACAGACGGACAUCCGUUGCCAGGAGCAUCGUCAUUCAGCUGGAAUUGGAUAGAACCACAAGAUGUCGCCCAAUCCAGCGGUGUUAUUGCUAUCAAACGAAACACCAUUGGCCUGGCCAUGUCAGUCCGAGCCAAUAAUUCCGACACAUUAUUUCUGUCACUUCUUAACUCCCCUUUAUCUACUUCUGGAUGGAUUGCCAACCCCAACUGGAAAUCAAUUUCUUUCGAUGCUCAAAAUCCACCAAGCUCGAUUCAGAUUACCAAUAUAUAUUUCUCCGAAACAGAACAGCAACAGCAAUACAUCAUGGUCGAUAUUCUCCGCGAUCCUACCUCACCACUUAAAGAUACAGCUCGGUAUAUUGUGGAUCCUUUUGCCACUUCUGGUGUGUAUUGGACGCCUCACACACUACCCUUUGAUGUUGAGGAAGGGACAUAUCAGAGCUGCAUGGGUCGUGUCUCUAACGCCUAUGCCGAUGGAAUCUACACAGCCGGUACUGCGCAAGGCGCUGCUCAACUCGCAUAUGUUCCUCUGUUCAACCUGAUAGGCGGCGCCGCUCCUAUGCCCACUCCCCGCAACGACGACAAAACUUCGCAUUUGUAUGGUAAAACCGAUCUCUACGCUAUUGGCCAGUCCACCCUGUACCGAUGGGAUCCUGAUCAGCAACUAGAUGAUAGCUCUGUGGGAACAGCUCUGUUGAACAAUUCAGUUUUCGCUGGUACUGGCACCAUUAUUGCCCUCAUUCACAACCAGGUUACCACCAUUUUCGGCAAGAACGCCAGCAAUGUCUUCUGGUACACAACAUGUUAUGUUGAACAGCUUGCAGACCCACAAUCCUGGAGCGUCCCAGUUCCUGUACUCCGUGAUAUCGAACAUAUAACUUCAUACAUCAAUGUGAAAGAUGGUGGCAACACAGUGUUUGCGGCAGGGGGCAACAAAAUCCAGCAGCUCACCCAAGCUACCAACACGACAUGCAAACUCUGGCAAGCGCAACCCAUUACCCUCGCGGCAAGCCCCCAGACCAGUGCGAUGUCAUUCAACUCGUAUACCAGUACCAUCCAAGUCAAAGGAGCUGAUGGUCUACCAGUAACAGCAAGCGAAAUCGUUCUCACAAUGGAGGCACGCACCCCAGUCUACAUCGAUGGACUUUACUACAUCUUGUCGACGACUCCAGUGACUGUGCCUGUCAACACAUCCGGGCAAGUGAUCAUUGUCCAAGCAACAGAGAGCAUUGCCGGAGCUACCAUCGUUGCCAAAGUCGGUAAUACUACCCAGACCAUCGAUCCCAUGGGCAAGACAUUUGCCAAGCUAGCUCAACUCUCCGACAAGAACGCUCUCAAGAACGCUCAGAUUCAAACCAACACUACAGCUGGCGGAAUCAUUGGGACCCCUAAGACUGCUGCAUUGGUAUCAUCUUCAGUGUCUGACAGCGACCUCCAGUCAACUUCUCAAAGCAUUCAACUAUUGUCAGAUGCUUACAAUAAGCAACAAACUUAUAUUUCGGCAUCGUCAUCGUUGAAGAUGGCCGUUGGUCCUGUCCUUGCAGCUUUGGUGGUGCCACAGAGGAGUGCGACUAUUACUCUUGGUUCCUAUCUUGCCAUGGCAGCAGGUGAUCUGUUCAACUGGCUGAAGACGGGAGUUAAAAAGAUCAUCAACGUCAUUAAGAACGCUGCCACGGGAUUAUGGGAAUUCAUUUGCAAGAUCGGUAAUGAUGUGUACCGCGCAAUCCUGAACACGGUGGAUGAUAUUGUCGGAGCUGUCGAAUGGGUCUUCGAUAAAAUCGAAACAGGAAUCGAGACUCUGGUCCGAUAUAUCGAGUUCUUGUUUGACUGGGACGACAUCCGCCGCACCAAACAGGUCAUGCACAACCUGGUCAAGUUCUACAUGACAGAUAUGGUUUCUGGUAUCAAGACAGCUCAGACAGAAUUCGACAACUGUAUUGCCGGUGCGCAGAAAGCUGUGGCAGAAUGGUCCGGUAUCAAAUAUUGGACACCUUUAGGGGAUUCCGCUUCCAAACCACCUUCAGGCAACGCAACCGAUCCCUCCAAGGACCAAACCUCUGGCUCUCAAAUGCUGGCAGGCCAUUUCAGGAAUCAAGCAGACAAUAUUUCUAUGCCUCAAGGAAUGCCCGAGAUCAGCUUGGUGCAGAAUUUGGUUGAUGAUAUGAUAACAGCCAUGGCUGCGGAAGGCAUGGUCUUCACCCAGACCUUUGACCAUUUAAAAGCUCUUGCCGCUGAAUUUCUAACGCUCAGUGUGGCAGACAUUUUGAAGCGUCUAGCUGGUAUUCUCGUUGAGUCCGUUUUGGAGACAACCCAAGUUGUCGUGGAUGCGCUGUUGAAGGUCCUAUACCAGCUGGCUAGCACUGCGAUUGCUGUUCUCGACACCAAGAUUCACAUCCCCAUCAUCUCAGACAUUCUCAACGCUAUUGGUGUUCCCGACAUCUCGUUCCUUGAUGUAUUCACUUGGAUUGGCGCCGCAGGAAUUACAAUCGUCUUCAAAAUUGCUCGUGGCAAAGCUCCAUUUGCUGAUGAUGCCCCAACUCGUGCUUUAAUCCAAGCAACUGAUUGGAAUUCAUUCUCCGCAGUCUUUAAACAACCAUCUGUCAAGAAUGCGCCUGAGAUUUCUCAAGCGGCUGGCGCUGCAAUCUACUCCGCCGGCCAUGCUAUCACUGGUUUCAUCGCCUUCACGGGCAACUUCCUCUUCUUUGGCAAAGCCAUGACUGUGAGCUCCGACGAGAAUCCAUUUGGCGUGCCCGCUGCUGUAAUGGGCGUCAUUGCUGCUGCUGCAUCUGGUGGAGCAGACGCUCUUGUUGCCAAGAUGCCACUGGAUAACACGGCCGUAGCUGACCUCCGUAAAAUCACCACUGUCGCGACCAUCAUGUCGAAAUUGAUAUUCUCGGGCCCGAGCCAGAAAUAUCUGGCUACGAGUCGUCUCUCCUUCCUGAAGGCGAAUGACCCUCGAAAGGUCGGCGCCGUGUUCAAUUCGCUGCCAGUGUUUCCUAGCCUAAUCUGUAGCUGCUACCAUUUCUAUGAGCUAUCGCAGAAGCCGGUUGGUAAGGAACGCUCGUUAGCUAUUAUUGGAGAGACUUCGAGCAUGGUGCAGUACAUAGGGAGGAUUUCUUACUGUGUUGCUUUAUUUAUUGAUGAUCCGGAGGUGAGGAUCGUUCCUGCUGGUAUUAUGGCGGGGACUUUUGUUGUGAUGAGUGGGUUGGAGACUGCUGGUGCUACUAUUUUUUAA